GGUGGGCUGGAGAAGGUGUGGCUGUUCCAUGAGAUCGUCCGCUGUUAUCUGGAGCUGAAGCAUCAUACCAAGGCCAGAGACUACAGCAUCCACUCACUCAGUGCUCACUCAUGAGAAAUGUCAGCUCAAUGUCAGCAUGCUAGUGUUCCAGCGAGAGCAGACUGAUUCAGUUUAGCGUUCCCCCUAUGAAAACAAAUUUAAACUAAUGAAUCGUAAUUACUGCUUGUGCUCAUGCCUGAAAUAUAUGCCAAUAAUGGUAGAGUUGAUUAGAUAGAUAGAUAGAUAGAUAGACAGAUAGAAAAAAAUUUCAAUGCCUCAGAUGAAAAUUUUUUAAACCGUGGUAAAGCUUACAGAGCUGUAAGGAGAUAUCUAGAGUAAACUCCAUAAUUAUUGGCACCCUUAAUGAACAUGAGCAGAAGGUAAUAACAUGCAUUUACUGAUAGCCGGAGUAUAAAUAUAUGAGGGCAAUAUAGUUUUCGUUUAAAUCCUAAAGGUUUCCUUAAGUAGCAUUCUUCCCCCCUGUAAAACACUGGUUUCAAGUGUAAUACUUUAAUAUGAAUCAAAUUACAAUUAAUCACACUAAUAAAUAAAUAACUAAAGAAAGUCAUAAUUGGUGAAGCCAUCAAGAGCGCUGAUAAUUCUAGACACAACGGUAGAUCAGUCGGAUAAAAAAUUCAGCUGCAGCACACAAAUUCGUGUAAGAGAACACGUCAGAUGGUCCUUCACGAGCGUCCGAUGCUGUAGGAGGUGAAAGCAGUUCGUAAUCUAAUCUGGACAAGAGAGAAACGGAGAGAAAGAGGGCGUGAGAGAGAGAGAGAGAGAGAGAGAGAGACUAAAUUAAACUCUGCAAUAAAGUAGUGUCUCAGUGUAUUAGGUCUUUCUGGAAUAGCCGUCACUCAGUGGAGCCCCUGCAGCCUGUUGCUGGUGAUUCUUCUCCAUUCGUCCACUGCUCUUAACAUCAGCAGAGAGAAGAGAAGAGAAGAGAAGAGAAGAGAAGAGAAGGCAGUGCCGAGGAUGACACACCACCGUGAUCACAAGUAACCCAGCCACCUCACUGCACCUUCAUUCACAUCCAAACCUGCAGGACUGAGCACCCAGGACCCACUCUUCCACUUCAUCCUUCAGGGUUUUCCUACUCGGUCAGAAUGAUGGAGCGAGCUGUCGUGUUGGUGCUGUGCUGGAUGGUGAUGCUUGGACUCUGCACGCCACUCUAUCCUUCACUACGGUUUGGUCAGAGAGCCACUGCGAUACUGAUGAGCUCCUCACUGGAAGACCCUUUGCAGCCCCCGACAGACUACAGAUCUGCCCAGAGUCAGCACGUCGAGUUCAGGUCUGGGAGACACGCGGACGCCAUUUUCACCAACAGCUACCGCAAGGUUCUUGGUCAAAUAUCUGCUCGAAAAUUCCUCCAGACUAUUACAGGAAAAGGAUCUGGAACCAGGCCAGGAUCUGAACACUACGUGAAACGGCAGGCGGGAAUUUUCGAGGACACGUACAAGCAAGACCUGAUGUCCAUCGAGAGGGAACACAGCUACAGGGAGCAGCAGAGAGGACGUCGAGGCUUUAGUCUGCAGUGCAGUGGCUGUGCUUGUGGAGUGACGAACAGGAAGUGUCCAGAGACUCGACACAGGAAAUAGUGCGUCCGUGUGUUUGCUUUCUUGUGGUUUGCCAGUAAAAUGGAUUAUGCAAAAACAAAUAAUGAAUCUCUCUGAAUAAAUCAGAAAUGCUGAGCCAAACUGUUUAGCAAUUUAUGUCACUUUGUUUUUUGUUUGCAAUUUAGUCAAAGUUGAGGAAAAAGAACACAGAACAUGGAGGGUUUUUCUUAUUUUAUUUUAUUUUUUAAGUUGUUUUCUUUACAAAACCCCGGUUUGGUAAGAUAAGUGUUCAGUGUGGUAUAUCGGACAUGAAAAAUAAAACUGAUCAGCAAAAAAAAAAAAAAAAAAAAAAUCCAAAA